AUGAAAUCAUCCACCAUUGUCAUAAGUCUGUUGGCCUCAGUUGCUACCGCGCAACCCUUUGGUCACUUCGGCCACGGUCAUGGCCAUCAGAAGAGGGGUCACGUUCACGCCCACCCGCACAAGCGCGACUUGGUGACGGAAUGGGUGACCGAGACUGUCUACGAGACUGCGGCUCCAGUUGCCCCUGCUGCCCCUGCUGCCCCAUCCUCGCCCCCCGCCGCGGUUGCUGGCACUUCCACGUCCGGCGGCUAUACCGGCGACCUCACUUACUACACCCUGGGCAUGGGCGCAUGCGGUUUCGACGACGCCGGGAAGGACACGAGCGACUACAUCGUGGCACUGUCGCACAUCGUUAUGGGCCUCCAGUCGAAUGGGAACCCCAUGUGCAACAAGAAGGUCGCCGUCAGCUACGGCGGCAAGACUCUCACGGCAACUUGCCGCGACAAGUGCAUGGGCUGCGAAGCUGACGCCAUCGACGGCUCAGAGAAACUCUUUGUCGAUCUUUUCGGUUCCCUCGGUGUUGGCCGCGGCAAAGUUCAGUGGAAGUUCCUCGACUAG